AUGCAAAGAACACAAGAACAAAGAUUUUCUAAAAAUAAGUAUUUCGAUGAUGGAUUUUCAGUACAUAGCUCUGCAACUGUAGAUCAUGUUAAAUAUGAAAUAUUCAAACUACACAAAGAUUUCCUUAAAGACUCGAGUCACCAAGAUUACUUUUUAGCUUUGAACAAAAUUGAAUUUGUAAAGUUUGUAUAUGCACACGAAGACAUUCAAAAGUCACUGAUGACAAAGAAAGAGUCAAUAGAGGUAUUUUUAGUGCCUAAAUCAAAAGAAAUUAAAGCAAGAAAACAUAGAGCAGAUAUCAUUAAGAAACAAUUGGGAUCCAUUAGAACUGCAUUCUCAAAGGGUAUAACAAACGGUACUGGCAGUGGUAGUAGUACAACAAGCAGUCCUCUCAACAAAAGACAUAGUAGACAUUUCAAUAGAAAUCAAAGACGUCAAUCGAUUUCAUUAUCAAAUAAUAACAAUAAUACCAAUAAUAGUAAAAAUACUAGUACAGUCGUAAAUAGUAAUGAUAAUAAUAAUCAAUCAACAACCAAUAAUAAUAUGAAUAAGGUUGCAGUUUCAAGUUCAAUACCAAUUUUAAAUAUAAAUCAAAAUGAUAAUAAUAACAAUAACAAUAGUAAUAAUUUAGAUAAUUUAAAUAGUUCAACAGAUUCAUUUAGUGGUAAUAACACUGGUGGAAUGGUAAAUAGUUCAUCGUUUUCUAGUGGUGGUGAUUUGGAAGACGACAGAUAUUUAAAGAUCAGACAACACGAUAUCAAACGUGAUACCUUUGGUAAUAUUCUGACGAGUAAACAACAGUUGAUUCUUAGUGACGAUGAUCGCGAUGAUAAUAACACUAGUAUGCAAAGUGGUGGCGGUGGAGGUGGCAGCGGUGAAGUCUCUGAAUCGCCAGGCGGCAGUACCGGUGACAAUCUAUCACCGAGACUACACAGAAAACUGCGUGUCCACAUCGACAAUGACUUGGAGGACGAUGAAGCCACCGAGAAGGAGAGGGAACGAGAGAGAAUGAAACUGGCGCGUCUUCAACAACAGCUGAUAGCCAUCGAGGAAGAGGAACUGAAAUAUCAAUCGCAAGGCUCCGAUGUUGAGAAUCGAAUGGUUACGGACGAUAGCGAUGCUCCCAACUUUGAAACCGAGGAGGAUGACGACGACGAUGGACUGGACGACGGCGACGACGAAGCCGAUCGUAUACUCUCUGGCGUCAUCGCCGGUGUCGAUAGUAUCAACAUCAACAACAAACAACAACAACAAUCCACAACUCAAUUUGCACUCAGUCCAACCGAAGAACCAACUCUCCUACUCAAACAACAGAAAUCCAACUCCAUUGGAUCAAACUCUGGUGCAACUACUUCCUCUCCUUCCAAACCAGAUCUAUCAGUUGAUAACAACAAAGAUAAUAAUAUUAGUAGAAAUUGGACUGAAUAUAUUGGUUUGAAAGAACCAUUGACCAAUUUGAGAUCUAAACAAUUCCCAGUGCAAGUAUCAACGACGAAUAAGGAUAUCAAUUUAAUUAUUGGAUGUCCGUUGGUUGCGACAUCGAAUGAAUUCAAACAACAUUUAAUUAGUACAUUUGAAUCGGUUGUUGCAGCACUGAAAGUCGGUACUCUGGCAAUUGAGAGUGCGGCACUCGACUCUGACGUUGUCCCAAUCAAUAGCAACGGUGUCAUUCUCAACUAUGUGCAAUCGGUCGACGAUACCAACACCACCACCAAGCUACCGAAACUAGUUGUACUGAAGCCAGGCAUGCAAGAAUUGAUCAACAGCAACAAUCUCAACAGUCUUUCAACAUCACCACCACCAGAAUCAAGCAAUUUCAAUGAAUUAACAACUACUUUCAAUAAUAAUAACAUCAACAACAUCAACAGCAACAACAAUAAGAUUAUUUCAAACUCAAUAUUAAUACCAUCCAAUGGAAUCAAUAGCAAUCAGAAUAAUAAUAACAAUAGCCAUAGAGGAUUACUUGUAAAUAGUAAUGGUGGAACCAACAAUCAAUUGGUAUCGAAUAGGUUACAAACGAUUCAGAAUGGUGGACAUCAACUUUCGUCGUCACCUUCAAACUCUCUUGCUAACAAUAUCAACAAUCCACUUCUAAACAGACUGAACAAUGGCAAUGAGAGAACCGCUUCGUUCUCGCUUGGCGAACAACGUGAUCACAAUGUCAAGGCACAACAACAACGAAAGAAGAUGGCACAGAUUCAAAUUGGCUCACUACUUGGCAAACCACUCUGUUGGAGCAAUGGUGAGAAUGAAAUCAAACACUUCCGCCAGACAAUGAGUAGUAUUUUCAAUUUCAAUGAACUCGAUGUGAGAGAACGUGUCAAAGUAACGGUUGCUCAACUCACCACCUGCAGCGGAGCAGAUCCACUUCUACCGUCGAACUUCCGUAUUCGAUUCUACCUGCCACCAGAUAACCAUUCGACAACUAUCAGUGUCAACGGUACCGAUCUGAUUAGCGAGAUUAUCGAGCGUGUCAUUAGUAAACAUAACAACACCACCAAGCUGCUAGUCGACCAGAAAGCAUCGGACUUUGUCAUUCGUAUCACUGGAACAACCGACCAUGUCCUCAAAGACUGUCAAGUGAUGGCAUUGGAUUUGGUGCGCAACCGUCUCCAACGCAAAAAAGACAUUAAAUUCACACUUGUUAAUCGAUCUUCCCUGCCGAAACACAUCGAUGGUUACACCGAUGAUCUUGUCAAUCCAAUUUCACUCUCACAAUCUCCACCACCUGCACUCACCUACUCUCAACAACCGGCAUCGACAACAAACAAACCAACACCAAUAGGUUCUACACCAGGAAAAGGAUCAUUCCUCUUGGCAUCACGUAAUCAAAUCACUAAACAACAAGUUCAACGAUCGAUUAUGCUCUACGAGAUCAAUCGUCCCUUUGAGAUUCGUAUUCUUUGUCUCGAGAAUCUGAAUCCCAGUCUUUUCAACCACUUGAUUCCCGAUGUCAAUACCAACGAUAUCAAGUUGAUGAUUGACGUUGCAAUGUAUCACGGUGAGGAACUGCUCACUCCGGCACUGGAGACAUUCAGUAAACCAUUUGCCAAUCCAUGGUGGUGUGAAUGGCUGCGAUCCACCCUGCUACUCUGUCAUGUACCGCGCGCAACCAAGCUGUGUUUCACUCUGUUUGCUCAAUCCGAGAAGCAGCAACGUGUCUCUGUUGGUUGGGUAGAUCUCCAACUGAUAGACUACAAGGGUAACCUUCAGAGUGGUGUCAUCAGUCUCAUCCUAUGGCCAGGCGACAGAACCAACAUCAGCGAUUACCAUCAGCUGUGUCCAUCGCUAGUGAUUGAACUCUCACAAUUCCCAUUCCCCGUUAUCUUCCCACGACCAGAGUUGAUGGAACGAACCGAGAUCACCGACUAUGUCGAAGCGAGAAAGCAAGAUGAAGAAAGACUGCAGAUACUAAUCAACAAAGAUCCAAUGUAUCAACUUACACCGUCUGAUCAACAGUUUAUUUGGACAUACCGUAUGCAUCUGAGCAACAAUCCUCACUCGCUAUCGAAAGUACUGCAAUCGCUUCGUUGGAACAACCCAACCGAUGUCAAAGAAGCACAUCGUCUUCUCUCCAUCUGGGCAACGCCAUCCCCCGUGGAAGCACUCGAGUUACUCGAUGUCAAAUUCGCCGAUGAACUCGUACGUGAAUAUGCAGUGAACUGUCUGCGCUCGCUGAGUGACAGCGACCUGGCGCUCUAUCUUCUCCAACUGAUCCAGUCGCUCAAACACGAAUCCUACCACGAUUCCGCGCUCGCCAGAUUCCUCAUUCAGCGAGCACUCAACAAUCGUGCAGUCAUAGGUCACCCGCUGUUCUGGCAUCUCGAGGCGGAGAUGCACAACCAAAAGAUAUCGGAUCGAUACUCACUCAUCCUGGAAACCUAUCUCAAAGGCUGUGGAGACCAACGUCAUGAGUUUGUCAAACAGAUGGAGGUUGUCACACGACUCCAGUCGAUCGCCAAGAUCAUCAAGGAAGCACCGGCCAACAAGCGUAAGCAACUACUCCAAGACGAGUUGACACGCGUCAGCUGGCCAAACACAUUCCACCUACCGACGUCAUACAAUACUCAAGCCUGUGGAAUCAUUGUCAACGAAUGUCGUUGGCUCGACUCCUUUACCACGCCGCUACUUCUCAGCUUCCAGAAUGUCGAUCCACUCGGUGACCCGAUUAGUGUGAUCUACAAACACGGUGACGAUCUACGUCAAGAUAUCCUGACGCUCCAGAUGAUCUCAAUCAUGGAUAACCUAUGGAAACGUGAUGGACUUGACUUGCAUCUCUCUAUCUACAACGUGACGGCAACAGGCGACGGCAUGGGAUUCAUCGAAGUCGUCACCGACAGUGACACAGUCGCCAACAUCCAGAAAGCAGCAGGUGGAGCAACCGCUGCAUUCACCAAGACACCGCUAUCCAAUUGGCUAAAAGAGCGUAACUCUGAAUCCGACAUGGAAAUGGUAGUUCAAAACUUUACAAACUCACUCACCGGUUACUGUGUCGCUACCUAUCUACUUGGUAUAAGUGAUAGACAUAAUGAUAACAUUAUGGUUGCAACUUCAGGUCAUCUUUUCCAUAUUGACUUUGCACAUUUCUUGGGAAAUAUCAUGAAAUUCCAUGGAUACAAACGGGAGAAAGCACCUUUUGUAUUGACACCGGAAUUUGCACAUGUAAUGGGUGGUGAAAAGAGUGAUUCAUUCAAAUGGUUCACCGAUUUAUGUUGUCUAUCCUAUAAUAUCAUUAGAAAGCAAAGAAAUCUUUUUAUUAUUUUAUUUAAUCUUAUGCUAUCAACUGGUAUUCCUGAAUUAUCAACAAGAAAUGAUAUAGAUUAUCUUCGUGAAGCAUUCUUGAUGGAUCUAGACGAUGAAGAAGCAAAACAAUCAUUCUCUAGAUUGAUCCAAAAGAGUUUGAAGACCAAAACCACUCAAGUCAUGUUCGCAAUGCAUAUAUUGGCACAUUCUGACACUCCACACAACUAA